GCAACUAACUUUGGGACACUUACCCAAAAUGACAAGCCUGGUUGGAGCUGGGCCAAGAAUGAUGAGACCAGCUCCGGGACAGAACUACCCCAGGAGUGGAUUCCCACUGGAAGUGUCCACUCCUCUAGGCCAAGGCAGAGUGAACCAGCUGGGUGGAGUGUUCAUCAAUGGCAGGCCCCUGCCCAACCACAUCAGGCAUAAGAUAGUAGAGAUGGCCCACCAUGGCAUCCGCCCCUGUGUCAUCUCCCGCCAGCUCCGGGUGUCCCAUGGCUGCGUCUCCAAGAUCCUGUGCAGGUACCAGGAGACCGGCUCCAUCAGGCCAGGGGCCAUCGGGGGCAGCAAACCCAAGCAGGUGACCACUCCUGACGUGGAGAAGAAGAUCGAGGAGUACAAGAGGGACAACCCGGGUAUGUUCAGCUGGGAGAUCCGGGAUAAGCUGCUGAAGGACGGGCUGUGUGAUCGGAACGGCGUCCCGUCAGUCAGUUCCAUUAGCCGCAUUUUGAGGAGUAAAUUUGGAAAAGGAGAAGAGGAUGAUAUGGACCUGGAGAGGAAAGAACAGGAGGAACAAGAGAAGAGGACAAAACACAGUAUAGACGGGAUCCUGAGAGAGAGAGCUCCUUCAUCUCCCCACUCUGAAGAAGGUUCUGACAUUGACUCUGAACCAGACCUCCCCUUGAAGAGGAAGCAGCGAAGAAGCAGGACCACUUUCACAGCCGAACAGCUGGAGGAACUAGAGAGAGCAUUUGAGAGAACUCAUUAUCCAGAUAUUUACACUCGGGAAGAACUUGCUCAGAGAGCCAAGCUAACUGAGGCCCGAGUUCAGGUGUGGUUUAGUAACCGCCGUGCCAGGUGGAGGAAGCAAGCAGGAGCCAAUCAGUUAAUGGCUUUUAAUCACCUGAUUCCAGGGGGUUUUCCACCUGCGGCCAUGUCAGCUCUGCCAACCUACCAAUUAUCAGAGACUUCCUACCAACCUACAUCCAUACCACAAGCUGUGUCUGAUCCAAGCAACACGGUUCACAGACCCCAACCUCUCCCUCCGAGCAGUGUUCACCAAAGCAGCCUUCCUUCCAACCCUGAGAACAGCUCGGCCUACUGCCUGCCCAGCGGCCGGCAUGGAUUUUCCAGUUACACAGACAGCUUUGUACCCCCAUCUGGGCCUUCCAACUCCAUGAACCCCAGCAUUGGCAAUGGCCUUUCACCUCAGGUAAUGGGUCUCCUUACUAAUCAUGGUGGAGUGCCUCACCAACCUCAGACUGACUAUGCCUUAUCACCAUUAACUGGAGGUCUUGAACCCAGCACUGCUGUGUCAGCAAGCUGCAGCCAGAGACUAGAACACAUGAAGACAUUGGAUAGUCUAUCAACAUCUCAGUCAUACUGUCCACCAACUUAUAGCACAUCAGGAUACAGCAUGGAGCCUGUAACGGGAUACCAAUAUAGCCAGUAUGGACAGAGUGCCUUUCAUUAUCUGAAGCCAGAUAUUGCGUAGAGUGACUUUCUUUCUGAUGGUGGUAGAACCGGAAGUUUGGACAAGGUGGAUAAUCUCACAGUUUAGCAGCACCAACUGGAGCUUGACUGCAAGACAAAUAAGUAGAUGAUAAUGACUUAUUUUAUGGAAGUGAAGAGGAUAAUGAGAAAUAUUAUAAUGCAGCAGGCUGUGUAGGACAUAAUUGGACAUCCCACCAUUCUCCUGGAAUGACUUAUCUAAAAAGAGGGCAACUGUUCCAAGCAUGGAAGCCACAACUGUACGACUCAACAGAGAUGUGCUUUGGAAGUCAAGCUUUUCCCAGGUUUCCACAAGAGGCUGAAUUCAAGCCCUUGAAAGAGCUGACGAAAACACAAGAAUUAAGGAGUUCAUGAAGAGAUUUUAUUUUUUUUGUACCCUGGUUAGUAGCAAAGUGAUGAGACAGCUGUUAAGGAGAAACCUUUCUGUGAUAGCCACAGUCUCAUACAUGGCACAGGGCAGGGAAUACACAGGAUUUUGUGCCUCCUGGGCUUGGUCCUAGUUAAAUGCUCUCACUUUGCAGCUAGAUUUGACUGUACAGAUAACAUUCCAUGUUACAAAUACAAGCUUGAUCAUCUACUUGUUAUUUAGGGUUGACGUAAAUAGACACACAAUGUCUAAUGUUUAUUAAGACUUUACUAGGAUUAACACCCAGCAUUUAAGAACUGGCAAAUAUAUUUGGCGUAAGAAAUAAAUAACUAAGAGGAGAACGCCCAGCGCCAAAUUCUGACUGAAAGACAUUGAUUUCAUGGCUGUCAAUCAACGUGCAAUAACAUACCUCACUUCGACUUCCCUUUCAUGUUUUGCAAAUAC